AUGUCAUCACUUUUAAGAUCAGCACAAGCUUUGAAACCAUUAUUUGAUAGAGUUUUAGUACAAAGAUUAAAGCCAGCUUCAAAAACUGCAAGUGGUCUUUAUAUACCAGAAAAAAAUCAAGAAAAACUCAAUCAAGCUACAGUUAUAUCUGUUGGUCCAGGUAUGACCAACACAACUACUGGUGAAGUUAUUCCAGUUUCAGUUCAAGCAGGAGAUAAAGUUUUAUUACCAGCUUAUGGAGGAAACCCAAUUAAAGUUGGAGAAGAAGAAUAUUUAUUAUUUACUGAUAAAGAGAUAUUAGCCAAAAUUGAGGAAUAA